AUGUCCUCCCAAUUUUUGCAGACGGAGCUUGCAAACCUGAUCCAGGAGUCCAGGAGAAAGAAUUCGGACCUGCGACAUGCCGCAGAGCAGUCGCUCAAUGAGCUCAAGGCACUGCCUUCCACUUCCGAAGCUCAAAUUGCAGCGGAUCUGGUUCGCAAACCCAACUUUGUCGAGCCAUUCAUCAUCGCGUGCCAUACUCGACAUGCGAAGCUUGCGGGAAUUGGCGUGAUUUGUUUACAAAGACUGAUCGCAUCUCGCUCGUUGCCUUCUCAUCGUCUGAAAGAUGUCCUCGAUGGACUGGGGGAGACGACAAACUUGAGCCUUGAUAUUCAGCUCAAGAUUUUGCAAUCUCUGCCUUCACUUUUGCAGUAUUACUCCAAUGACCUCAGCGGCGAACUGCUUGCGAGCACGUUGGAAAUAUGCGCUACUCUACAAGCAAGCAAGACCAUGGCGGUCUCUAGUACUGCGGCGGCCACACUUCAGCAAUUAAUGGUCUCAACUUUUGACAGAGUCGCGAGCGAGGACCAGCUUCCCGAUGAUGCCAAAUCCCUUACUACCGUCACAGUUGAUAGUCACACAGUCGAGAUUGGGCAUUUUGCAUAUGAUGCUCUACAGGUGUUGGAUGAUCUCUGUCGUCUCGUAGAUGGCGAACAGUUACAGUUCCUGCGCACAAGGACCCUGUCUCCGGCCUUAGUACUGGAACUCAUUGAAAGCAUCAUUGUCAAUAGUGGUCGCCUCUUUGUAGGACACCCUGAACUCUCGCAAGUGCUGCGGGUUCGCCUUCUUCCAUCGGCUGUGCGUUGUUUAUCUGAAAGAAAUUCUUUUGCACAAACUGUGCGAGUCGCUCGGAUCCUUCUCGUACUUCUGAAACGUCACUUGUCUCUUCUGACAGCAGAAUGUGAGAUGGCACUUGGAUUGCUCACUCAUCUCCUUGAACCGGAUGCAACAGCACACUGGAAACGAGUAUUGUGCAUGGAAGUUUUUCGUGGACUGUACGCCGAACCGGGAGUUGUGCGGCUUAUCUACUCACUGUACGACGGCGAACAAGGAAGAAAGAAUGUCCUCCGUGACCACAUGGCAUCGCUUGUUCGACUGGCCUCAGAGAAACCCUCAUUGAUUGGACUCAGCAAUCAGUCGACGGUACCUUCACGUGCCGAUCAUUCCAGAACCACUACAGAGGACCAGAUCACCCUUGAAACGGGAGGCGUUACCGGGGUCAUUGGGACAACUGCUUCCGCAACCGAGGCCAAGGUGCCCGGAAUCAGCAGCCAGUGGAGUGUGGUUCGCACGCCGUACAUAGAGCUCCUCGACAAGACGGAUCCACCUUUCCCUCCGGAUACUUACAUCUAUAGCCUCAUUCUAAACUGUCUCAGCAGCUUUGCGGAAGGGCUUGCAAAGUUUAUACUGCCAUUGACGGUGCCAGAUCUGAAGUCAAAGCGCAGAAACCGACUCAUGGGUCCUGACGCAGGACCUGAUUCGGCCAGGUCCUCUCAAGACCUCCAGGCAACUGACUCAGGCCGCGUGCAGUCUAGCCCAGUAUCGAGAAAGCCCCCUGUCCCUAUCAAUCCUUUGAUCCUACACUCUCACAUUCAAUAUUCUGCCAUCAAGACCUGUGCCGGGAUCAUUGAGCACUGCUGGCCUGCUGUGCUCGCAACCUGCUCUACAUUCUUGCACGCCUCUUUGGAUGAUGAAUAUUACCACAACCUUGUUCGGGCCUUUCAAAAGCUGGCACAUGUAGCGGGUCUCCUGCGCUUGUCUGUUCCUCGAGAUGCUUUUCUGACAACCCUUGGAAAAGCCGCUAUGCCUGCGAGUACAGGCAGCUCAAAGUCGGCGACCCCUGGUACACCAACUCCGAGUGGUUCUCAGACAAACGACAGUUCGCACAAAAGAGGAAAGAGCACUGAUUCUCGCACCAACUCACUGCCACUGGACUCCUCAACCUCAGCUGUCGAGGGGUCAUCUCUGUCAUUAAGCACGAGAAACCUCUUGUGUCUGCGAGCUUUACUCAACCUAGGAAUCGCAUUGGGACCUACAUUAGACCAGUCGGCCUGGUCUAUUCUUCUUGAAACGCUGCAGUAUACCGGGCUGGUAAUCAGCGUCUCUUCAAGCGCAAGGGUCAAGUCUGCCAGUGGCUCUGGAGAGACCACGGGCAAUGAUAUUCCUACAGCUAAUCUUGGCACGGAGGUCAUUGCCGUCCAAACAGCAUCUGCCAAGCUGUUCGAGAGCUCCAGUGAUUAUCCUACUGCGCCCUUCGAGGAGAUGUUGCUUGCUCUGUUGAGUUUAUCUGCAUUCACUGAACAGGUUGAGCAGCAAGAAACCCCCAGGAGAGUCUCUGAUGCACCUCGCUCGCCACAGUCCUCUCGGUCUGGCCGCUUGCAUCAGGGUGCACGGCGAGUAUCGCAUAACAUGGGGAAGUCAAGGAUGCAGGACCAAGAACUGAAGUUCGUUCUAGACAAAGGAAAUGAGCUAGCAAAAGCAAACCUUGAGAGGCUGUCGUCACUUGAGAAGGAAGAAGGCAAAGCAUGGCAGCUGCUCACAAAAAGCCUCAUUGCUGUCUCCGCAAAUAUGGAAACCAGCCCAAAUCUCCGUCUGCAGGCUAGUGGUAUCUUGAAUACUCUCGUGUUCUCGACUAUGAAGCAAAGAGAUGACCUUGAUGAAGAUGCCCAGAAUGAAAUCCAGAUGAGGAACUUGCAGACGCUCAAAGACCAGGUAGCCUCGCUUUAUGCGUCGGAUCUACCAUUGGCAAAGACUUUGCCAGCAACCGUGAUCGAAAUCCACGAACAGAGCUUGGACGUGCUCCGAAGCAUCUUGGAGCAAUAUGCCGAAUCGUUCAAGGACAGCUGGAUUCUCGUCUUUGAUUUAAUAUCCGGAGUUUUUCAAGAUUCCUCGUCAUCCCGAAGUGAAAAACCGCCGUCCACGCCGACAGAGCGUAAGGCAUUUGCUCUUCCGGCCGGUCCUCGACUUGUCCGUGCGGCCUACAAAUCCCUGCAACUCGUGGCUUCCGACUUUCUUGCCUUACUCCCAUCACCCUGCCUCCUUAGCCUGGUGAACUCCUUCUCCAGCUUUGCGUCACAAACCCAGGAUUUCAAUAUCUCUCUUACGACAACCUCGUUUUUCUGGAACGUCUCCGAUUUUCUUCAGGGGCAGAUCGAAGAGUUCUCGAUUGAGAGCCAUGUCGAUAGCUCCGUCAGUGAACAAGAGUUGACCCAGUUGGCGCGUGAUACAAAUCCCUCUGUUUCCAGGAAUUCUCUCUGGCUACUGCUGCUCCUGCGAAUAGUUGAUAUCAGCACGGACAGUCGGCAAGAGAUUCGAAACAGUGCCGUUCAGACGCUUCUGCGGAUUUUUGAUGCCUGCGGGCAACAGCUCUCUCCGAAAGCGUGGCGUUUGUGCCUGAACCGAGUUCUUUUCCGAAUGGUCGAGGAAGUUAAAAGCACGCUCGUCCAGUCCAAGGACCAGCAAAUCAACACGAAGCCUAGUGAUAUCAAGUCAUGGGUGGACACAACAGUCUUGAUGAUCAAGGGCACGUCGAAUUUAAUCACGAACUUCUUCGAAACAAUUGUACGCGAUGAGAGUUUUGAUCAGUCUUGGGGCCGUCUUUUGAUGUACUUGCAAGCUUUGGUCGACCUUCGUCUGCUGGAGUUGAGCGAAGCAACGUUUUCUAGCCUCUCGGCCAUUCUUGUCCGCGUGCAGACUCCAGCGGUUCUCAGCAAAGAGGCCCUUCAAUGUGUAUGGCUUCUGUGGGAAAAUGGCCAUCCAGCAGAUGAUGAUGCUACACUUGAUUUCGAUAGACCCAACCAGGACGCUGCUCUAGCCUUUCUGCAGACUUUCAAACAAAUUUACCGCCUCUACAAGGACCAACUCACCACGGAACACAUCGCAAAGGUUCUUCAUCAUCUGCGUCUUCUUGUGUGGAACUCGGUGUCCCCGCCGUAUUCUCCAGACGUUGACCGACCAUCAGCAGUGCAAGCACUGGUCACUGAUUGCAUCAAAACGCUUUGUCUAGAGAAAGAGGACUCUCAGCCGGCUCUGCUCCAUUGUCUUGCCGACUUGUCAGGCUCAGCGCUUUCAAAAUGGAGUCCCGGCAGUGACACGAGGAAGCCGGCAUUUGUGGCAUUCUCGAAAAACACUAUUGAUCUAGUGAGCUGGUACAUCAAGGAUUUCGGUGUGAAGAAAGACAUCUUCACCAAUGGCGCCCUCGCGACUGCUCUCGAGCGGCUCAGUGCCCUGAUUACACAGAAGUACCUGUGGCAAGGGAAGGAUAAGGGCCCAUUUUUGUGGCAGAGGGCGACGACAGCAUCCCUGAAUGUCCUCCAGGUGGUAGUCCCGCACGUGGAGCAGCAGUAUGCGGACGCCAACCAGGCCGAAACGGCGCGAUUCUGGCAGUGCGUCGUCGACAUCACGCAUGGAAUUGUUUCUGCGCAGGGUUUCCAAGCGCAGCAGCUUCCCAACACGCGAAUCCUGGCCGACGAGACGUUCGACAUCGCAGCCUUCACCCGCCUGAAGACGCUCAUCCUCCCGGCGCUCGGGGCAGCAGCCAUCCCGGACUCGGUACGCCGGGACUUCGCCUGUGCGCUCUUCCACUCAUCAUUCAUCUACGCACCGCACCGCUUCGAUCUCCCGCGCACCGCGAUCGAAACCGCCCCGCUGCACGACUUCUAUCGUGUCCGGCCGGGCCGCACCUUCGACCCGCCACCGACUCUGCGCCCAAAGAUGGCCUACGUUCUCAUCGACACCCUCUUCGAGCUUUCUGCCAGCCCCGCCACCAAUCCAUCGCCGUCUGAGGCGCCCUCCCCACACACCUUGCUCGCCUGUUCCGUCUCUCCCUACCUCCUUCUCCGCUGCGCCGUCUCGCUCAAGUCCUACAUCGCCGACCAGCCGCUGCGCGGCCUGAUGCCCCAGCCCUCCCCCGCGCGCAAGGCCCUCCUGCACCUCCUUCUGCACGCCGUACAUCUCAAAACCGAGCCCUCGGCUAUCCCAGACCCGCCGGUACUUCAGACUGUCGCCGUCGCUACCAACUCCAGUGAUGGCGCUGCUGUGUUCCAUUUCCGAAAACACCUCGAGUGGCUGUAUCCGCUGGUCGUCCAGGCUGUCCAGGUCGCUGGCAAGGAGCGAGAUGACGGGCAGGUCCUCCGCGCUCUCGGGGAUAUACUGCAAGAAAUCGGGAAGUUCGAGUUUCGCUAG